AUGGGUCCAACUAUCAAGCUGAGCAGCGGUCACGAGAUGCCCCAGGUGGGCUUCGGUCUGUGGAAGGUUGAUAACGCUACUGCUGCGGACACGGUCUACAAUGCUAUUAAGGCUGGUUACAGGUUGUUCGAUGGUGCCUGCGACUACGGCAAUGAGAAAGAAUGCGGUGAUGGUGUUGCGCGAGCUAUCAAAGACGGCCUUGUGAAGCGGGAAGACCUUUUCAUCACGUCUAAGCUGUGGCCUGUAUUCGAGGAUGCUGAUAAGGUAGAGCCCGCCUGCAGGCGAUCGCUCUCCGACUGGGGUCUCGAAUACUUCGACUUGUACUUGAUCCACUUCCCUGGCGCGUUGAAGUACGUCGAUCCGGCUGUGCGAUAUCCCCCGGGAUGGCACUACGAUGGGAAAUCUAGUAUUGAGCGGUCUAGCACACCGUUGCACCUGACAUGGCCUGCUCUGGAGUCGCUGGUGGAGAAGGGACUGGCAAGGUCAAUCGGUGUAUCCAACUUCCAAGCACAGUUGAUCUACGACCUGUUGCGAUAUGCAAAGAUUCCUCCCGCUGCUCUGCAGAUUGAGCACCACCCAUACUUGGUUCAGCAAGAAUUGUUGAACCUUGCCAAGACCGAAGGUAUCGCUGUGACGGCUUACUCAUCUUUCGGCCCUGCUUCCUUCCUCGAGUUCGGCUUCAAGCACGCAGAGGCUCUAGUGCCAUUGAUGAAGGACGAUUUAAUUACAAGUCUGGCAGCCAAGUACGGCAAGCAACCCUCGCAAAUCUUGUUGCGAUGGGCGACUCAACGCGGCCUUGCUGUUAUCCCCAAGACGGUCCGACCUGAAGUUAUGGCGCAGAACUUGGACUGCACUGGAUUUGAUCUUGAGCAGGCUGACCUUGACAGCAUCACUGCCAAGGAUGCAGGCAUUCGUUUCAACCAGCCUUCUAACUACUUCCCCACAGACAAGAUGUGGAUCUUUGGUUAA